AUGGUGCAGGAUAAUUGUCACAAAAUAGAACCAGAACCAGUGCAUUAUAUCGAUGAGCAAAUAAUACCUGCGAAAACAAAACAUAGUGGUAUUCGCCAAUAUAAUCUGAAAAAGCCUCACAAAUGGGGGUUUAAAAUGUUCUGUACUCUUUCUCUUUGUCUCAAACUAAAAGAAAUAGGCAUACUGACAACAGCAACUAUUCAUACAAAUCGAAUAGCAAAGUGUCCACUGCUUUCUGAGAAAGAUUUAAAAAAACAAGGUCUUGGGUCUUUUUCAUAUAAGGUUCAUGCAAACUCUGGUCUGUUGCUUCUAAGAUGGUUUGAUAACAAAUGUGUUCAUAUGACCUCAACAUAUUGUUCAGCUAAUACAUCUGGUAAUGUUAAACGAUGGGAUCAAAAAAAUAGGAAACAUAUUCAAUUACCUUGCCCGCAAGUUGUAAAAGAAUACAAUACUGGAAUGGGUGGUGUAGACUUGUCUGACAUGCUUAUUAGCUUAUAUCGAAUACCCAUGAAAACAAAAAGAUGGUACUUACGUGUGCUUGUUCAUUGCAUGGAUAUAUGUAAGAUAAAUGCUUGGCUGCUGUAUAGAAGACAUGGUAACCAGUUGAAUAUUUCUCAGCGUAGCCAAUUUAACCUCCUUCAAUUUAGCAGUCAAAUUUCUAACGCUUUAAUAAUGAAAAGUAACUGA